CACUCUUUCCCCUUCCACUCAUAUCACUUUGCAGAAGUACUGAGUUUUCUCACUCACUAAAAAAAAAAAAUUUAAUUUCGGAGAAAUUAUUCUUCCAAAAUGAGGUCUCAGAUUGCCAGAUCUGCGAGGUCUUUCAUCUCUGCUGCUUCUAAGCAAUCAUCUCGUUCGUUUUCCGGAGGGCGAGCAGCAGCUGCAGCGGCUGCAGUUUCAAGCCGAGGAAGAGUGGCAUCCCUAGCUUCAUUUGGUGCGUCCGAGUCAGGAAAUGCAUACAGGGGAUGGAUUUCUGGCGCCCUUACCCUUUCAGCAGCAGCUUUUAUGCUCCGGGAACAAGAGGCUCAUGCUGCAGAGCUCGAGCGAACUUUUAUUGCCAUCAAGCCCGAUGGAGUGCAAAGAGGAUUGAUCUCAGAAAUUAUCGCUCGAUUCGAACGAAAAGGAUUUAAGCUUGUUGCUGUUAAGAUUGUGAUUCCUUCAAAGGGCUUCGCUGAGAAGCACUAUCACGACCUUAAGGAACGACCUUUCUUUAAUGGCUUGUGUGAUUUCCUUAGCUCUGGACCAGUCCUUGCCAUGGUUUGGGAAGGUGAAGGAGUGAUCAAAUACGGCCGUAAACUCAUCGGAGCUACCGAUCCUCAGAAAUCGGAACCUGGAACCAUCAGGGGAGAUUUAGCUGUUGUGGUUGGAAGAAAUAUAAUUCAUGGUAGUGAUGGACCUGAGACAGCUAAGGAUGAAAUCAACCUAUGGUUUAAGCCCGAGGAGUUGGUCAGUUACACUAGCAAUUCCGAGAAGUGGAUCUAUGGCGACAACUGAUUAUGAUUGGGUGGAAGCAAAGAUGGUCGGAAAAUAAAAUGCUAGACGAGUGAUUACAGUUAUUCACGACAACUACCAGCAGCUGAAAAAUAAAUAUCAGCUGCUGCAAUAAUAAUAAUAAUGUGUAACCGAAUUUCUAUUUUUUACGACUUCAGUCGUCACAUUUUUGAAUCUUAUUAUCGGUCGAUUCUC